CAGCAAGCAAAUGUUCAGUCUUGGCCCGGACGCCAUCCAAUCAACUUCAAGUGUUUCAUUUUCAUGGUGGAUACAACAGACCGCAUCACAUUUGUGUCUUGUUUUUAAUUAACUUAGCCAAGCUGAAUAACGAAUCUAACUAACCUUUUUUUCAAAACAACAACGGACCUGUUAACAAACUGAAAAACGUGUGAAGACGACGUGUUCAUAACGUUAGCAAAAAAAAAAAUUAAACGUGAACAAAAACAACAACAAAAAUAAAAAUUAAUAUUGAAACAUAACUAAUUUUUUGGAAUCAUGAUUUACAAAGUCGAAAGCAAAUCGUCUGAACUGACACCGGUUCAACAAUACUACAAAGGCAAGACGGUGUUUAUCACUGGUGCCUCCGGCUUCAUGGGCAAAGUGUUGUUGGAAAAACUCUUGUACUCUUGCUAUGAGCUGAAAGAGAUCAUUAUGAUCUGCCGUGCCAAACGUGGCAAGACACCUGAACAACGUUUGGAGGAUAUGUGGAAAUUGCCGAUUUUCCAACGCAUCAAGGACGAAAGACCCGAAGUUUUGAAAAAGGUCACCAUGUUCAAUGGUGACAUUACCCUCGAAAUGUUGGGUCUAUCCGAAGAAAACUUGAAACAUGUUACCGAGAAUACCAAUAUCGUUUUCCACAUGGCUGCCACUUUGAAACUGGAAGGUAAUCUUACCGAUGCCGUCAACAUGAACUUGGCCGGUACACGUCGUGCCAUUGAUGUUGCUCGUAAAAUGAAAAAUCUUGAAGCUUUCGUACAUCUGUCGACGGCCUUCUGCAACUGCGAUCAGGAAGUUAUGUACGAAAAGGUCUAUGAUUUCCCACACAAACCUGAAGAAUUGAUGCGUAUCGCCGAAUGGAUGGAUGUGCCCACAUUGGAUGCUGUAACACCGAAAUUGUUGCCACCUCACCCCAACACCUAUACGUAUACGAAACGUUUGGCUGAACUUUAUGUUCGUGAUCAAUAUGAAACAAUGCCCGUGAUUAUUGCCCGUCCCAGUAUCGUCUCACCCGCUUACAAAGAUCCCCUUCCCGGUUGGGUUGAUAGCUUAAAUGGACCCGUUGGUGUUAUGACAGCUGGAGCCCGUGGUGUCUUGCGUUCAAUGAUGUGUGAUGCCACCCUGGAAGCUGAUAUGAUACCCGUUGAUGUGGCCAUUAAUAAUAUUAUUGUAAUACCCUAUGGAUUCUCUCAAUACAAGGAGAGACCCAAAGAGAUACCUGUGUACAAUUUGGUAUUGCCGGACAAAUGCCGCAAACAAUGGGGCUGGAUCCUGCAGAGAGGUGUUGAACUCAAUGAAAAAUAUCCACAGUCAUGGCCAUUGUGGUAUCCGAAUGCAACACUCACGCUGAACAAACACUAUCACAUGUUUAAUAUGAUAUUCUUUAUGUGGCUGCCGGCGUUGUUAAUCGAUGGUCUGCUGACAAUUAUGAGAAAAAGGAGAUUCAUGAUUCGAGUACAAAAACGCAUUGCUGUCGGAUUGGAAGUUUUACAAUUUUUCACCACAAGAAAAUGGGAUUUUCGUAAUGAACGUUUGCUACAAAUACUGAAUAGUCUGUCGCCAAGGGAUUUAGAAAUAUUUGAAGUACAAGUGGAAAAUCGUGAAUACGACAUUGAGGGAUAUUUGGUGACAUGUUGUCUUGGUGGUCGUCAAUACAUUAACAAAGAGCCAUUGGAAUCGUUGCCCAGAGCUAGAAUUAUUUUCAAGUGCAUGUACGUAUUGGAUAGAGUCUGCAAAGCAUUGAUUUGUGGUUGGUUCUUCUAUUGGUUGGCAUCGAAAGUUGGAUUUUUUUAAACAAAUGCAAGCUGAUGACUCUAUGUAAAUAAAGAUCAAUUAUUUCAACUCGAACAAUCAUACGUAUAGUCUGAUCCUUGUACAAUCUAAGACAUGAACAUAGCUCUGGGAAUACAGUUACAAAUCCAUUUAUUUUGUGCAAUAUGGCUAAAUAUGGUCACAUAGGUUAUAACUCAUUUAAUAAUGUAAAGAAACAAUACUCUCAAUUCAAUUUUCUCUUUAUAGGAUAUUAAAUCUUAUAUUUUCAUUGCAAUCCAUGUAUAUACAUUUUAUAGAAACCAUGUUACAUUUAAAAAUAUUUAUUAAAAUAAAAAUCGCCAGAAGUGAGAGUAAAACAGAUCAAAGCUUAAAAAAAUGAUUUCGGCGUUGCCAUUUUUGUCUUACCGUGAAAAUGCAACACUGUUGCCAACUAAAAGUGGCAACAGUGUUGUACCAUGGCCCAAUUAUAAGGUCUUCCUUCGAGCGAAUUAAUCUAAAACAGCUGUUAUUUUAUCAGAUGAAAUGUCAAAUUUCAUGCUAGAGGCGAAAAUAAACAUUUUCGCCUUGACAGAAGAUUUUUGUCGCGAAUUUUUAGAAAGAAGAUUUUUGUGGCAACAAUUUUUAGAAAUUUUAAAUUUAAUUGACAGAUAGUUUGGAAAUCAGCUGAGCUGGAAGGGGAACUUAUACUUGGAUCAUGUGUUGUACGAUUUAAACUUUGAUCUGUUUUAGCCCUGACUCGCCAAUCGGAUGUGUGAAAUUAAGAAAAAUAAAUUGUUAUUAAAUAAUAAGACAACCCCGAUUUCAAACUCCCACUUCAAUAUUAUGUAUCUUUUGUAACAAACAUGAAUCUCAAACUAAAUAUAAUUAUUUGUAUUUUCUUUUUUGUUUUUAUUGUUGUUUAUAAACAUA